AUGUCUGAUUCCCUUACCAAAGAGAUUCAUAUAUUCUCUGAUGCUUCGAAGGAAGCAAUAGGUGCUGUUGCUUACCUCAAGAUGUACGACGUCAAUGGCACCAGUACACUGAGUUUCUUGCUGGGCAAGUCCAAAGUAGCCCCACGUCAUGGACAUACCAUACCUCGGUUAGAGUUGUGUGCUGCUGUUCUAUCUGCAGAGAUGGCAGAUGUCCUACUCCAGCAGCUUGACAUUCAGGCAGAAUGCCUGCAUUUUUUCACAGACAGCCGCGUCGUAUUGGGUUAUAUAUGCAAUGAGAAACGAAGAUUCCAUGUGUAUGUCGCAAACAGGAUUGACAGAAUUCGCCAAUCUUCACAACCAAAACAGUGGAACUAUGUGCCAUCAAACAUAAAUCCAGCUGAUCAAGCAACGAGGUCUGUGACAUCAUUGUGCUACAGUGAUAGCCUUUGGUUAAGAGGACCUGAUGUCCUGAGCCAAAGUGAUACAUCUGAUAUGUGUGACUCACAACUUUUCUCGCUUGUCGACCCAGACAAUGAUAAAGAGGUUAGAGCUGAACUCAAGUCGACUAAAACCUCAGUCUCUAUAGCUGCGCCGCAACAACUUGCCACUGAUCGCUUUACGAGAUUUUCUAGUUGGAAAAAACUUGUAAAGACAAUCUCACAUCUGAAACACAUUGCAAGAUCCUUCACCAAAACUAACAGUUCAUGUGUUGGUUGGCACCAGUGUAAAGACUUCAGAAAUGUAGAAGGAUUUAAGGAUGCAGAGGUCUUCAUUGUCAAAGCAGUCCAAAGGGAAGCUUACUCUGAGGAGAUCAUGUGUCUGCAAAACCAGAAGCCACUUCCAAGGAAAAGCUCGAUCUUGUCCCUCUCACCUGCUUUAGAUGAACAAGGCGUUCUUAGGGUAGGAGGAAGACUGAAGAACAGCAAACUGACAGCGUGUGAGAUUCAUCCCAUUAUCAUUCCCAAGAGAAACCAUGUUGCAAAACUUCUUGUACACCACUACCAUGACAGGGUAAGACAUCAAGGAAGACAUCUGACGGAAGGUGCUCUGAAAUCGGCAGGUUACUGGAUUAUUGGGGCAAAAAGACUGGUGUCAUCUCUAAUCAGCAAGUGUGUCACGUGCAAUCGGCUCAGACGAAAACCAGAAACUCAAAUGAUGUCAGAUUUGCCUCCAGACCGCUUGGUGCCAUGCCCACCAUUCACUUAUGUUGGUGUUGACGCUUUCGGACCAUGGGAAAUUGUGACUCGUCGUACAAGAGGUGGUAGUGCAAACAGCAAACGAUGGGCGAUAUUGUUUACCUGCCUAAUGAUACGUGCAGUACACAUUGAACUCGUUGAAGAAAUGACAAGCUCCUCAUUCAUAAACUGUCUCAGAAGGUUUAUUGCCUUAAGAGGGGAAGUCAAGCAAUUCCGUUCUGAUAGGGGAACAAAUUUCAUUGGUGCUAUUGAAUCCCUUAAUGUCACUGCUGUUAAUGUAGAAGAUGGGCCUGUGCAAGACUUCCUGUACAACAAUGGUGUGGUUUGGUUGUUCAACACCCCUCACUCAUCUCACAUGGGAGGUGUAUGGGAGCGAAUGAUUGGGACUUCUCGGAGAAUACUUGAUGCUAUGCUCCUGAACACAAAACGGUUAACCCAUGAAGUACUCUCGACCCUUAUGGCUGAAGUGACGGCAAUCAUCAAUGCUCGACCUAUCACAUCCAUCACGACUGACCCUGAACAACCGAUGAUCUUAUCACCUGCAAUGUUAUUGACUCAAAAAACGGCACACACCCCAAAUUUUGAUCUGUCUCUAGAUGUCAAAAAUAUAUGCAAGUCUCAGUGGAUGUAUGUCCAGACACUUGCAGAAGAGUUUUGGCGAAGAUGGAGACUUGACUACUUGCAGAGUCUUCAAACCAGGUCGAAAUGGAAGAUUUCCCAGCCUAACCUGCAAGAAGGAGAUGUUGUUCUUGUGAAAGACAAUUGUGCAAGGAAUGAGUGGCCUCUUGGUGUUGUGGAAACAGUGUUUCCUGGACAAGAUAACCUUGUCCGCAAAGCCGCGAUUCGUGUGUACAAGAACGAUAAGUGUGUGACUUACAACCGUCCAGUUGUGAACCUUGUUCGCUUGUUUUAA